AUGGGCACCACCCAGUUUGUACAACAAGUCGAAGAGAGCAAAGAAGAAGAAGACCAACACGAACGACAUCAUAAUGUUGAAGCUAAUAGGAUACGAGAAGCACUAGACAACAAUCUCGUCAAGAAGGUUCUAGAACAAGAACCUGAGAUGCUCCCUUGCCAUGCGUCUGCAUCUCCGCUUUCUCUUCAACUGUCUUCCCUUGGGACGCCGCGUUUGGGCCCCUCCAUCAAGGUGUGGGACCCUUACAACGUUUUGGCACCGCCUCUACCACCGUCGCCGCUGGGGGUUUUCUCCAAAAGCUUCUCAUCCAAUGCGAUUGACAAUGAUCGGACGGUCCUGGAGGUGUUUUUGAUUAACCACGGGGAGUGCGAGCUCAAUCUGAGGCCUGAUUUUGUCUCCAGAUGGUGCCCCGAGGCGGCACUGAUGGUUGCCGGGAAACGGCAAGCCAGGGCGUUGGCUGUGUUCUUGAAUUUCCAACGGAUUUUUAAGAAAUGUGCCAUGGGAAAGAAAGUUCCAAGGUUCACAAGGAAGAUGGCUGGGAGGUCUGAGCGGGGGAGGGCAUUUUUUGUCGGUGACAAGCAUGAAAAUGUGGCCCAUCCCAAAGGGAAGAGAAGGCCACCGGAUUGUGGACCUGUUAGUCAGCUUAUUUACAAGAAAACUUUCAGAAGCACGGCAGCCCCACCAAGCACACCAUGA